AGCACAAACGGCCAAGGACAACGAGUUACUGGAGCGAAAGGAGUUUCUUCUAAAGUAUCUCGAAAAACACGAGGGCCAUUUGCGGACAGUCAAGGAGCAGAGUAUCCAGCAUCGGCAGAUCUUCCUGAACUACCACCCCAUCUGUCGCUGGGCGAUUAGCUUCUACAAUUUG